AAUAAACUUUCAACACUUAUGCUUUUGAAAUUAGUCUUCCUUUUAAUAUCCACCUUGGAGACUAGCUCCGGCCAGUACGCUGUCGCCAUCGACGUACCAAUGGUGUAUAUGGAGAACUCCUAUAACGAGAUCUACAUCUCUCCAAAUGGAAUCAUAGGAUUUGGUGAACGGCUUCCAGAUGGAAUCGAACCACUGCAACGGCUAAACAAAAGUGCUAUUGCCGUUUUUUACGCACCAGUCAACGAAGGAAAAAUUUACUUCAGGACCACCUCGUCCGACCAGCGUUUGAUUCGUCGACUUACCGAUUAUAUUCAUAAGACGUUUGCUGACAGCUCGGAGUUCUCAACACUACAGGCGAUGGUUGUCACAUGGCACGAAAUGCAGAACAAGGAGCUGGACGACAAGGCAACAUUUCAAUUGGUAUUGGCUUCCGAUGGUAUGACGACGUACGCAAUCAUCCAAUUCCUUGCACUUCCAUGGUCUGCAUCCGGAGGAAUUUAUGCACAGAGCGGAUUCUCGUUGGCUGACGGACGUCACCGAAGCAACAUUAACUCGGGAACACCCGAUGUUAAGGAUCUUGUCGGACUAUCAAAUAACCCAGAAGGCUCGUUCGUCUUUCGAAUCUCCGGCGCCACCAUUGAAGAUCCCCGGGAAAAUGUCGACGAUUACGACUACACAAAUUACGAUCAGACCGAUUACGACGGUGACGACAGAAAACCGCCGGCAGACUGUCCCGUUGAUCCAUACGGCGACAGAUGCCCAGAGGGUUGCAACAUUCUAACUGAUGAGCGCCACUGCUCGCGUUGUGUCUGUGCCGGUGAGUUGUUUUCAUUAUUUGCCUCCAUUAUUUUGAUAGUUGGUUUUAGGGUCCUUUCAACUAAGAAUUUCAGGGACUUCGCUAGUGGUUUCUGUUGCGAAUGCCGACCAGGAUUCUAUGGAAAUGGGAAGGAAUGCUUGAAAAAUGGAGAUCCUCAGCGAAUAUCUGGAUCAUUCGAGGGUGUUAUCAAUGGAAUUCCAAUCGAUCGUACUGAUCUACACACAUUUAUCACUCCCACCGAUGGUCAUGCAUAUACGGCAAUUUCGAAAAUCCCGUCCGAUCUCGGAUAUCCACUUCUGCUCUUGAAUCCUAUCGGAUCCAUCAUGGGAUGGCUUUUCGCUGAGGUGAAAUCGCCAUCUGUCUACAACGGUUUCCAAUUGACUGGCGGUCUAUUCAAUCGAACCGUAACGCUGCACAUUGGCGAUCGAAGCCAUUUAACGAUUCGUCAACAGUUCAGUGGCAGGGAUAUAUACCACUAUUUUAAGUCUACGGUGUUCGUGUCAGGAACAUUACCCGAUAUUUCUCCCGAUACAGAAAUCGUCUUCCCUAAUUAUGAAGAGGAAUAUCGUCGUGAACGACCAGGGCUUGUUCGAUCUUAUACUGGAGUCGACAUUUUGCUGAAGGAGGCCGGCCAACAAAGAACGAUAAGAAUGACUAUAGAUCAACAAAUUCAGUUUGAAGAAUGCCCUCACCAAAAUUUUGACAAAGACAGUGUAGUCGCUCUACAAGUGGAAGGCGUCCACGUCACCUACGACUCUCAUGAAGACUUACUGAAUAUUCCGAUUUAUGUAUUACAACCACAGUGCAAUCUUGUUCAGGAUAUUUGCGUCGAAGGUCGCCAUGUUUGCACGUUGCCGAACAUGCGGUGUCGUCCCGUUGAGCCGUCAUACCGCUGUGAAUGCCUGCCUGGAUAUCAGGCGACUCGUGAUGAAUCUUCACCUCUGGGAUGGAAAUGCCAAGACUUGAAUGAGUGUGAACGAGGUGACCAUACUUGCGAUCAGAAUGCCCCCUUCCUUAUUGUUCAGGGUUCAUGUACCAACCAUCAGCAGUGUCAUCAAUGGGGUGAAUGCGUUUUCGUGGAUGGGUCACCUUACGGACAUUGUCGGUGUCGAGGAUGGUACACUGGUGACGGUGUCAACCAUUGUGGACCGCCAGAAGAAGGACCACGUCGUCAGACUGAACAGAGAGGCAGACCGUGUGGAGAACACGUUUGUGAUGUUAAUGCUGAUUGUAUGCCAUCGCCGAGUGGAGGAUUACGAAAAAAGUUUGCAGAAAAACCAUGUCGGUCUCACGAGGAAUGCUCUGAGCAUGGUAGUUGUGCGUACAGCGAUACACUUGGCUAUUACCACUGCGUAUGUACGAAGCCGUAUGAAGGAGAUGGAAUUGAGUGCCGGCUGAAGGAUGACCAAACCAUGAGUAAGUCAAAAUAUUCAUUGUUUCAACCAUUUACUCAUAGUGUUUUGACCACAGUUUGA